GGCCGUGGGGCCCUACUGGACUACCAGUUCCAAAAGUCAACCCCACCCCACCCCCUGCUCGCCAGUCCCCCGCAUACGGUCAGGAGCAGCGUCCCUCCCUCCGCCUCGUCGAAGCCGGUCGUGGUUUCAUGCGCGACGUGCUGCUGCGCAUGGCGGAGCACUUCAACGACUGGGACCUGCAGGCGGUCGUCAGGAGCUGCGGCGGCGUCGCGCACGCGGGCCCGCCGCCGGAGCCCGCCGACGCGGCCACCGCACCCGCGGCGCCGAGGGGAGACGAGGCGCCGGAGCGGGUGCCCGGCGGCGCGCGUGCCACGCCGGCGGUGUCUGCCCGGAGACAGGAACGGGCGCCGCCGCCCGUGGCGCUCCUGUGCGACCUGGAGUACCUGGAUUCGGACCACAAGCCGUUCCUGCUGCCGGUCGCGCGGCCGUCGCCGAGGCCGCGCGUGGGGGGCGGCGGCCACGGGAGUGAGGUGAUGAUCUCUUUCCCCGCGGGGGCCGCAUCCACGUCCGGGGUGCAGCAGAGGGCAUCGUCGCCACGCCGCAAGCCAGGCGCGCGCACGCCGCGGCCGAAAAGAAGCAAGAAGAGCCAGCUGAAGAAGGUGGUGCGCGAGAUGCCGGUGGCCGACGGCAGCUCGUCGUCGCCGGACCCGUGGGCGUGGCGCAAGUAUGGCCAAAAGCCCAUCAAGGGCUCGCCUUAUCCGCGGGGGUACUACAAGUGCAGCAGCAUGAAGGGGUGCACGGCGCGGAAGCUGGUGGAGCGCAGCCCAGCCAAGCCCGGGGUGCUCAUCGUCACGUACAUGGCCGAGCACUGCCACCCCGUGCCCGCGCAGCUCAACGCGCUCGCGGGCACCACUCGCCACAAGCCGUCGUCCGGCGCGGCCACCGAGCUGCACAGCGCGGCCUCCUCUCCCAGUAGCCACGAGCAGGGCCAGACAGUCGAGAAAGCGGCCGGCCUUCGAGAGCGUGGCAUUGGCAACAACGAGACUUCGAAUUCAACAAUGGCCGGCGAGUUUGGCGGCGAGGAGAUAGCGGCCGUCGAUGACGAGGACGAGUUCUGGCCCGCGGAGAUGGACCUGGACGAGCUCUUGGCGCCCGUGGACGGCGACUUCGAUUUCGAGCACGUCAUAGAGGAAGAUGGUGUACUGGGACGGCGGCGGCCGCAGAAAAUUUGCCCUUAACGCCACAUGCUCCCAUGUUCAUACACAUAGCGGCUGAUUGUUUUGCUACGCGCGCGCACCCAGGCACGCGCGAGCAUUACCAGCUGGGUACGUUUAUUUGUAGAAUAUGGUAGAUGUAAGUAAAUAGUCUUAAAAUAGCUUAUUUUGUAUC